AGAAGCCUCGUCGCAACCGUCUUCCUCUCUGUGUGUGUGUGUGCGUGCGCAGCUUCACAUCGCAGCAGCCCCUCACCGCGGACAGACAGCUCGUGCGGGGUAUUCGGCUCCGUUAGCAAGAGCAGCGAGCAACGGCUGACCAUUAUCGUUGGAUAAGCCCGAGGAAGGAGACUUACAUACUUAUUGUCGCACGCUGCCCUGCAUCUACGGGACGAAGAAAGAAGAAAAACAACAACAGCAACACCAUCAGGUAAAACGGAAAUGAAGUCGUCGGAUAUCUUUCACGCGUGCAAGUACACGCCGAUUCUGCUGAAGAGCCGCACGAACGACAGCGGCGUGAAUCAAUACGGAUUGAAGCCCGUGAACUCGUAUGAUUUUCUCAACCCGACCAACCUGGUGAACUUCGGUCGGGGCACCUCCUUCGACAACUUAGGUGUGCGCCGCUCCGACCGAGGACAGAUUGACUCAGCGCCGUCGCUCGGCGGCUCCUCUGUGUUUACGCAGGCGAAGAUGUUGGGCCUCAGCGGCGAUGAUCAGAUGCGCUUGUGCGAGUCGGAGACGACACAGCUGCGCGUUUGCAUGGCAAAAGGCGGCAACACCUGCGAGCGGGAAAGCUUGAUACUCGACGCCUGUCUCGGUAAGGUUGGCCAUCUGCGCCGUGCCAUCCGAAGAGCUGGGGAGGAGUUCAACGACUGGUUUAUCCAGAACGUAUCGGACAACCACACGAAGCCCUUCCAGCACCGUCCGCACGACUGGCGUCACUUCUACGCACAGGAGAAGCUGGUGCGGGAGAAGCAGCAACACGGUCACGCCUAUGGCCGCCGCCCGAAGGCGUUCUCGUUUGGUGCUCGCUACGUCAAGACGGAAGGCUACGGCAAGCGUCCCCGUCUGCCGUACAACAAAUAA